CAAUGUUUCGUCGCACAGACUACGAAGCAAGUUUUUCACCCUGGUAGACAAUGCACAAUAUCAUUGGGAAGAAGAGGAACACCGAGACGUCCUGAAGAGCAUGUUAAUGACAGCCUGUGACCUUGGAGCCUGUACUAAACCGUGGUCAAUCCAGCACAGGGUUGCAAAAUUGGUAACUGACGAAUUUUUUGAUCAAGGCGACAAAGAGAAGCUGCAAUUGAAAAUUCAGCCUCAGGCUCUGAUGGAUAGAGAAAAGGAACACGAACUACCCCAGCUACAAGUUACCUGGAUCGAGUCGGUCUGUUUACCGUUAUAUAAGGCCUUGUCAAAAGUCAACAGAGGUUUUACGGAAAUGGCUGUGGAAGCUGCUCGUAAUAGAGACAAGUGGAAAAUUCUUGCCUCUCGACGAACCAGCUUAACAAAUGGCAGUACUAAUUUGUACGGACAGGAAACUGGUGCUUCAUAAGUUUCUACCAAAACUGGACUCUUCCCUUCAUUUGUCUGCUAUAUCAUCUUUUUUUUCCUGGUUGAUCUUUAAUAACAUUUCAAUAAAACGUAAUUUCUUUGUUUCAAAUGCUGUGAAUAAAUAGCAUUGAACAAAAACUUUUGUCAUUGAAAGUCACCAACUGCCAGUUAAAGUUAUUUGUGUUACAAGCCAAUGAGAGUACUUAAAUAUAUUGUAAAACCAACCAAUGAUAAUACUUGUAUCUUGUAAGGCCAAUCAAUGAGAGUACUUGUAUUUUGAAAAACCAACCAAUGAGAGUACUCGUAUCUUGUAAGAUCAACCAGUAAGAGUGUUUGUGUACUAUGGCAAACCGUGAUUGAAUAAUGUUUAUUAUAAUUUGGCAUCUUCCUUUUUUUCUUGCUUUCCUUAAUAUAUCAUCAUGAACUAUAAGAUUUACUUAAAAUGCAUUUCAAUAUCUUUCGCACUUCAUGUGAGAGUAUCUAUUUUCUUGUUAUGAAUUUUAAUACCUUAACUGACAGAAGUUUACCCUCUCAGUGCAUAGCUGUAUAGUGCAUUCUUCUCUCAAGUACAGAAGUUAAUAAAAUAUUCACACCGUUGCCUGACUUAAAAGAGAAAUAUUUUUCUAUUCUGCCGUGUACUUGUUACGAUGUAACAAGAACAGUGAGUUGACUAGAGUCCUAAUAAACUACUGUAUGAAAGUACAUUCUUCUCAUGGCCUUUACCAAUAGUUUAUCAAAUGUGUAUAAUGAAACGUCAUUCAGAUCCAGACUAUUAUUUUAGCAUACAUAAUAUACUCCAUAAGGAGGAUAAUUCCCCUCAUUAAUCUGGAAUAUAAAGAUGUUUAUUUUCAGAGGUUUCACACUGCAAAGAGGGGACAAUGUACACUUUGGGAAAACGUUUAUUCUGAGCGAUAAGUGUUGAGUAGAAAUAUUUAUGCGCGCGCUGUCUCAGCGGUAAGCUCGAGUGCUUAUAAUGUUAAAAUACAGGGUUUGAUUUCCACGAUGAAACACUGCCCAUUGUUCAGCUUUGCGUUUGAACAAAACAAGCAAUUCUCUACAUCAAUACAGAAUAAAGAGAUGUUCAUUGUGGUAGUAAGUUAGUUUUUCGAUUCUUUGAACGAAUCUUCAAGUAGUGUAAAUGUCUCAAACAGAUUUGUGUGGACACAUAGUUCGACCGAAACUGUCAACAAGCAGGUCACAUACACACAAAACUGUUUAUUAGUCACUUGGUUUAUAGUAGUUUCGGAUUGACUAUACAUUUUUUUUUUCGUACAACCAUUCAAGUGAUUCUGUAGAGAGAUGUGAAUAUACUUCUUGUUAUUCUAAUGCUUGUUAGUAUCAGUAAAUACUCUUAGUGUUUGUUAGUACCAGAAAAUGAAUCUUCAUAAUUCUAUUGUUUGCUAGAACCAGAAAAUAGUUUCAUAAUUCUACUGUUUGUUGGAACCAGAAAAUAAAUGUUCAUAAUUCUACUGUUUGUUGGAACCAGAAAAUAAAUGUUCAUACUUCUACUGUUUGUUAGAACCAAAAAAUAGUCUAAUAAUUCUAAUUGUUUGCUAGAACCAGAAAAUAGUUUCAUAAUUCCAUUGUUUGCUAGAACCAGAAAAUAGUUUCAUAAUUCUACUGUUUGUUAGAACCAGAAAAUAGUCUAAUAAUUCUACAGUUUGUUAUAACCAGAAAAUAGUCUAAUAAUUCUACAGUUUGUUAUAACCAGAAAAUAGUCUCAUAAUUCCACUGUUUGUAUUAACCAGAAAAUAAUCUCAUAAUUCUACUCUUUGUUACUACCAGAAAAUAGUCUCAUAAUUUUACUGUUUGUUAGAACCAGAAAAUAGUCUAAUAAUUCUAGUGUUUGUUAGAACCAAAAAAUAGUCCAAUCAUUUUACUGUUUGUUAGAACCAGAAAAUAGUCUCAUAAUUCUAUUGUUUCUUAGAACCAGAAAAUAAAGUAUCAUAAUUUUUCUGUUUGUUAGAACCAGAAAAUAGUCUCAUAAUUCUAUUGUUUGUUAGAACCAGAAAAUAAAGUAUCAUAAUUUUUCUGUUUGUUAGAACCAGAAAAUAAUCUCAUAAUUCUAUUGUUUGUUAGAACCAGAAAAUAAAGUAUCAUAAUUUUCUGUUUGUUAGUACCAACCCAUAGUCUCGUAAACCUACUGUUUUUAGAACCAGAAAAUAGUCCAAUCAAUUUACUGUUUGUUAGAACCAGAAAAUAGUCUCAUAAUUCUAUUGUUUGUUAGAACCAAAAAGUAGUCCAAUCAUUUUACUGUUUGUUACUACCAGAAUAUAGUCUCAUAAUUCUACUUUUUGUUAGAACCAGAAAAUAGUCUAAUAAUUCUACUCUUUGUUACUACCAGAAAACAAAUUCUUGUAACUGUUUGUUUGUUAAUACCAUUUUUAUCGAAUUCAUUUUAGUUACAUAAUUUGACGUUUUCAAACAAAUAAUUUCCGUUGUUUUUAACUUCAAGUAGGGUUUUGAAAAAUAACAAAUGUAUUAUUUCAAACCUGUCUGUUUAGAGAAAUAAACUAUAACGUAAAAUACCCCAGUAAACAAAAUCGUUCUAAU